CCGGGACCUCCUCUGCCUGCCCCGCGGCUCGAUGGACGCCGCCCGCUGCCUGCUGCUCACCUUCCUCCUCCUCCCCGGCGCAGGCAGCGGGGCUGGGGCAGAGCUGGUCAGGGCCGUGGGCAGCUCUGCCACCUUCCAGCUGCAGGGCCUGGGCGAGGGCACAGCAGCAGCUUGGAGCUUCCACAACGAGAUCAUUGCCACAGUGAGGAUUGGCAGCCCCCCCGAGGUCUCCUUCUAUGAUGAAGGCUUCAAACCACGCUUGGACUUCUCCCAGGAUGGCAGCACCAUGACCAUUGCCAACCUGGGGCUGGGGGACACUGGCAACUACACUGCCAAGGCCUUGGGGCUCAAAGCCACCUUCAGCCUCCAUGUCUACAGCGAGCUGGAGGUGCCAACGGUGACCUGCGUGGCACAGAACUGCUCUGCCAGCAGCUGCCUCUACCUCCUGCACUGCAGCACCUCCACCCCGGGCUCUGGCAGCGUCUGGUACAGCUGGAGCCUGGGGGGGGCGCUGUGGAGCGAAGGUGCCACAGUGCCAGUGCAGGAGCCCCCCCCGGAGCCUCUCCUCUGCACAGCACAGAACGCAGUCAGCAACCGCAGCCUGGCAGUGCCCUCGCCCACUGCCCUCUGUGCAGGCAGCGUCCCCAGCGGGCGGAGCAGGCUGGUGGCAGCAGUGGCAGCCAGCGGUGCCCUCCUGCUCCUGGCACUGCUGCUCUUGGCAGUCUACUGCAGUGCUAAAGGCUGGAAGUUCUUCCACCCCUCUGCAGCUCAGCUCAGGGACACAGGUGCAGAGGUAGAGUAUGCCACAGUCUAUGCCCAGGUUGGACCUUUCCAGCAGAAAGAGCCACAGAAGCCAAGCCCUGAGCUGGAGAGCUCCAGGAGCAUCUACUCAACCGUCCAGGCUCUGGCCCAGCCAGACGAGGGGAAGAUGGGCACCAGCAUGCCCAGGUGCCAGCAGCAGGAGGACAAAUCUCUCUACGCCAUGGUUGGCCAAGCAGAGCCCCUGGCACAGCCCCUGGCACAGCCCCAGCACAGCUCCACUGCCACCAUGAGCCUGCUCUGAGGGCACACAAGGACCCUCCUUGCCCAGCUCCACUCCCUCCCACCACCCUCAGCGGGCACCAACCUUCACCAGGAGGCUCACCUGGCACAUCUCUGCCCCCUCUGCCAGCUGGAGAGGGAGACUCACCUGGCACAGCUCUGCCCCCUCUGCCAGCUGGGGAGGGAGACUCACCUGGCACAGCUCUGCCCCCUCUGCCAGCUGGGGAGGGAGACUCACCUGGCACAGCUCUGCCCCACGUGGAGGACCUUGGUGCCAGCUGUGGCUGCAAGGCUGGGGGUGGCUGUGCCCGGGGCUGGCCCCAGGGCAGCUCAGGUGCCGGAGCCUGAGCAGCAGGGGGGCAGGGCCUGAGGAACACUCCUGAGCUCUCUGGACUGGACUCGGAGCUGUCGUUCUUGGGGGGUUCUGUCUCGGCACAGCCUUUGGCUGCUCGAGCAGCAGGGAGCCAA